AUGGAGAAGAAGACUCUAACAUUUUGGAUACUGUGUGUGUUUCUGCUGAUUUUAAGCGGUGUUUCAGAAACUUCUAACAGUUUAGUGGAGAGUUUGGGAUCAACACAGAGUUAUGACUACUCCAAAUAUCACUCCAUGGAUGAGAUAUACAGGUGGAUGGAAGAUGUGAAGCGAGGUAACCCAGAGCUGGUCUCCUCUGCUGUCUACGGACAUACUUAUGAAGGGAGAAAUAUCACACUGCUGAAGCUGGGACUAGAAAACCCAGAGGGCAGAGAGAAGAAGGUUAUAUGGGUGGACUGUGGUAUCCAUGCUCGGGAGUGGAUCGCUCCUGCCUUCUGCCAGUGGUUUGUCAAAGAGAUUGUGAACUCAUAUAAAACCAAUAAGAAGCUGGAGCAGAUGCUGCAGAACCUUGACGUCUAUGUUACUCCUGUGAUCAAUGUGGAUGGAUACAUAUUCACCUGGGCCAAUGACAGCACUCGACUGUGGAGAAAGUCUCGUUCAACCCCUCCUCCAGGCAGUAGCUGUUAUGGUGUUGACCUCAACAGAAAUUUUAAUGCCAACUGGGGAACGGUUGGUGUGUCAUUUGACAGUUGUGCUAACACCUACUGUGGGAAAUCACCAGGGUCAGAGCCAGAGGCUCAGGCUGUGAUGGACUUUGUUGGUAGGAUGGUUAACCAGACUCUGUGUUUCCUCACCAUCCACUCUGCUGGGCAACUUAUACUCUUGCCAUAUGGCCACCCUGAGAUCUCUGCACCCAACUACGAUGAACUGGUUUCAGUCGGCGAGGCAGCAGCAGCAAAAAUGAAGAAGGUUCAUGGAAUGGGCUACACUGUAGGAACAUCUCCACAAAUCCUCUAUCCAAACUCAGGCUCAAGCCGCGACUGGGCUCGUCUCAUUGGCAUCCCAUUUUCUUACACCUUUGAGCUGAGAGACAAAGGUGAGUUCAGCCACUUGCUACCAGAGGAGCAGAUCCAGCCGGCCUGCGAGGAGGCCUACGUAGGAGCUCUCUCCAUCAUCACAUAUGUUCACGAAAAGACCUUCAACAGCGGUACCCUUCCCAACGCUUCUGUUUUUGGGGUCGCUAUGAUGAUUUGGAGCACUGUCAUGGCUGUGUCUCUCACCACAGGGGUCAUGGUGUAA